AUGGCAAUUUUUCUCGGCGGGACGGGUAUCCGCGGGGAUUUACCCACCGCGGAGCAGCCCUUAGCAGCCACACUCCAACCUUCCUUACUUGCUUCAGCAGCAACACAUACAAGAUUUCCUUUUAUAAAAGAAGGAAAAGCAGAAAAGCAACGUGGGAAGACUGGGAACGGGACUGCCGAUCUGAGAAGAGAGGAAGGACGGUGCCGGCGGGCGUCACUACCGUCGUGUUGCACCAGGGAGGAUGAGAGAGUGAGGAAUGGGCACGGGAGGGAGAGGGUCACGCCGCCACGGUCGUCCAGGAGAAACGCCGGAGAGGGAGAAGCUGAUGUGCUGCCCAAAACCGCGUCCGCUGCCGUCUUCGUAGGGCUUGGGUUGCUGCGGUCGCUCCUCGCCGUGAAGCCCGUCGCGAUUGCGCCUUCUGCAAUCAGCCUCCCCGUUCUACUUUCCGUCAAGUCCAUCGCGCUGCUGAUGUUGCUGAACCAGGCAGAGGAAGAGGGAGACUCUGUCGUGCUGUCACCGCGCCGGACCGCCACGCGUGAGGAGCCGGGCUGUCGUUGCCUUUCCCGUCGCAGAGGAGAGAGCCCAGAGGAGAGAGAGGGGUCGUGCAAUGUUGAGGGUGGGAGAUGCGGGCCAGUGGCACGUGCAGGAACGCGACCCACUGCGCAGAGCUAUCGCCGCCGUUUUCAUCGCCGGAGAACCUCGUUGCCAUCGCCGGAGAACCUCACUAACGUCGCCGGAGAACCUCGCUGUCGUUGUCGGAGAACUCUUUCGUUGACUCACCGGAGCUUUUAGCCGUUACCGGAGCUGUUGCUGGGUCGGUCCAGAAUCGCAGCUGCUUCAUUUUGUUGUUUCGAGCUGUUUAUGAUGCUGCGAAAACGUGUAGAGCUGUGCUUUGAAGCUGCCUUUGAUUUCGGGAUGAGGCGGAAAGCGCUCGGUGAGGCGUUUGGGUUAUGGAAUUUUGCGUUUUGAGG